AAACCUUCAGUUUUUUGUCCCAAGCUGCAUUUAAAACCACAUUGUCCCCCUUUUUGUUUCCCAUGGCCCCAAUUUUCUCUUUGUUCCUUGCUUUGUUUUUCAUUGUUUCCUCAAGCAAUGCUCAGGGUCCACCUUCCCCUGGAUUCUCCCCUAGCUCCAGGGUGAGCACCGUGACCUUUGAUCAAGGGUUUCGAAAUCUUUGGGGUCCUCAGCACCAGAAACUAGACCAGGGUUCAUUAACAAUCUGGCUCGAUAAAACCUCAGGGAGUGGUUUCAAGUCACUUCAUUCGUACCAGUCAGGUUACUUUGGUGCUGCAAUGAAGCUCGACCCUGGUUAUACUGCAGGAGUUAUUACUUCGUUCUAUCUUUCAAACAACGAAGAACAUCCCGGAAACCAUGACGAAAUCGAUAUCGAGUUCCUUGGGACCACACCGGAUAAACCCUAUACUCUACAGACUAAUGUGUUCAUUAAAGGAAGUGGGGACCGGAACAGAAUUGGAAGGGAAAUGAGGGUUCAUUUGUGGUUUGAUCCUACAAAAGAUUACCAUAACUAUGCUAUACUAUGGAACCCUAGUGAAAUCAUAUUUUUCGUAGAUGAUGUGCCAAUCAGGAGGUACUCAAAGAAGAGUGACGCCACGUUUCCCACAAGACCAAUGUGGGUAUACGGAUCGAUAUGGGAUGCAUCAUCUUGGGCUACCGAGAACGGAAGGUACAAGGCUGAUUAUAACUUCCAACCAUUCGUCGGUUGGUAUACGGAUUUUCGAGUAAGUGGUUGCACCGCCAACGACCCUAUCUUUUGUCGCCCGCCUUCCGCCUCUCUGUAUGGCUCCGAAAGCCUUAGUCGACAACAAGUGUCAACCAUGCUUUGGGUCCAGAGGAACUAUUUGGUAUAUGACUAUUGCCAUGACCCUCAUAGGGAUCACACACAAAUCCCCGAGUGCUAACUAAAACGGGACUUAAAAAAAAACUAUUUUACACAAUACAAUAAUUGUAAAUCUAGGGGGUUUAUUGAGAUGGGUCCUGCAAGAGUGGUUGAGCGUCCUAAAUCCUAUGAGAUUUGCAUGUUGAUUUGUUGUUGUUUCGUUGUUGUUUCGUUGUUGAGUGUUU